CGCGUGCGCGCUGCGGGGCGGCAUUCGCGCGUGCGCACAAGCGACUGCGGGGGGGGGUCUGUUCCGCGGGAAAAAAACCAAACAAACCACCUAAUAACAACAACAACAACAACAAGAAGAAGAUGGGUUUGCUGGAGCUGUGCCAGGAGGAAUUCGGUGCGGGCGACCUGUACCAGGUGCUGGGCGUGAGGCCUGAGGCGUCGGCCAAUGAGAUCCGCCGGGGAUACCACAGGGUCUCCCUCCGGGUGCAUCCGGACCGGGCUGAGCCAGCUGAUAAGGAGCGCUCCACCCGGCAUUUCCAGAUCCUGGGUAAGGUUUAUAAAAUACUAAGUGAUGAGGAACAGCGGGCGCUGUAUGAUCAACAAGGGAUCGUGAAUGAGGAAUCAUCUGUAUUGACUGAAGAUUGUAACUGGGAAGCAUACUGGAGAUUGCUGUUCAAAAAAAUAACUGUAAAAGAUAUUAAAGAUUUUGAAAAGAAAUACAAACAUUCCGCAGAAGAGCUGGAGGACAUUAAAGCCGCAUAUGAAGACUUUAAAGGCGAUAUGGACAAAAUCAUGGAGUCUGUGCUAUGUCUUGAUUAUACAGAUGAACCAAGAAUAAAACAGAUUAUUCAACAUGCUAUUGAUUCUGGAGAACUUCCAUCUUAUAAAUCCUUUGUAAAUGACUCUAAGAGAAAGAGAAAUGCAAGAAAAAGGAGGGCAGAAAAGGAAGCUAAAGAGGCAGAAGAAUUGGGAGAACAAAUGGGACUUGGUGAAGGAGAUGAUGAUCUGAAAGUAUUAAUUCAAAGCAGAAUGGAUAGUAGAAAAAAAGAAAUGGAAGAUUUUGUGGCUCAGAUGGAAGCAAAGUAUGCUAACGUAUCCAAAAAAGGAAGAAAGAAAGCAACUGCUAAAAAAUGACUGGUUUCAUAAAUGAUCUUCAUUUAUCCCUAAUUUGCAGCACACUUUCAGCAAUUACUUGAUGUGAAAGAAAAAACACAGCAGGGUUUUUGAUACAAUUAGCAAAUUUCCAGCAAAAUAGCUGUGAACGUUUUGGAGGAACGGAAAACUUGAUCAAAACCUUACUAUACUAUAUUUCUAUAAAAUAAUAUUGUUCGUCUGUUAAGUUGAAUGUAAAACCUUUAAAAAAAUUUUUUAAAAAGAGUAAAUUGUUAAACUUAAAUGUGUUUUCAGAAGUGUAUCAGAAAUACUAUAAAUGAAACUUACAGGUAUUUGGAAACACUUUGAAAUGACGUUAAGUUAAUUUUUCAUAGGUACAAUAGGUAAACUAUUAUCGGGACAGUGCCUUCAGUCCAAAAUGAUGAUAGUUCAUAUGCAUCCAUAAAGACUAUAUUGUAAACAUUUCUAACAACUCUACAAGUAAUUUUAACAGUGCUGCAUGAACUGAAAUCUUUAUUGGUGUUAAUGCAGCGAGAUUGAGAUCUGGAAGAGAAAGUUUCUUAAAAACAAUUAUGAAAUUGUAUCAAUAUUUGUGAGGGUUUGAAUUCUCUGGAUAUGUCUGACGUAAAAGGGGGUGAGGAUCAGUCUUUGAAUAUCUUACCCCUCAAAUUCCAUUCUGGAAAAGAUGCUGGCUGUGGCAAAACCCAUAUCCAACCAUUUUGACAGGCUCAAACCCAGGCUGGCCGAGAUGGGGAAAGUAAUACUUGUCUUUCUAAUCAUAUCUCUUCCAAUAUCUCUUACAAGCAUAAAACAAAAAUAUGCCCAGUCAAUACAAAUGUGGCAAAACUCUUACUGUAAGAUCCGAGAGUCGGCAGGUUGAGAGCAAUAUAGGAAUGACAACUGUUGUAAAAGCAAAAACAAUGCACUGGAAGAUUGCAUAAUUAACAGGUCAGCUACUCAAAUUGCAAUUCCAGUAUUUUCCGAGCAUAAAAAUUAAUCUGAUUUUGAACAGAAUUAUUUCUUAUGGCUACCUAAUCUAAUAGACUGGCAUCAGUCUGCAGCAUGCUAGAAACUGGACCAUGAAAACAAGCGAAGCCCCAUUCGUGGGAUGUAAGAAUGGGUCCCUGAUGCCCAAAGGGUUGGGGGGGGGAGGCUGUAAUAGAUUCUGGAUGACCUACAACAGGGGUCCCCAACCCCAGGUUAGUGGACCAGCACCAGUCUACGGCAUGCCAGAAACCAGGCCGUGCGAACAAGCAAAGCCCAAAAGGUUGCGGCUUGCUGACCUACAAUAUCAGAAUAUAUAAUACAAUCUCAGAACAUAUAAUGGAAGCAAAAGUAACAGCUCAGACUAAAACAAAUAAUCAUAACAAUGAACACCCCAGUCCUGAGAACAUUAGCUAUGGAGAGGAAAACAAGGGUUAUGUGCACAGACCCAUGUGACUUGGAUUCCCAGGGCUGUAAUCCAUUUGAGCGCAUUACUGAUUUUCAGUGGCAAAAUUUCCUAACCAUUGAGAGAUGGCACAAAAGCAGACGAUAUAUUCCAAAAGCAUCGGCAUUUCUUCCAUUUCUUGAGAGUAAGUAUCUGCCUUCGUGGUAUUCCUCAACCAGAUGCAUCAUUUCCCCUAUCCAUUUGGUUUUUAGCUAAAUUCAUAGGUAGCAAAAGGCUUAUGGCUUCUUCAUUGUAUGAAACCUAAUUUUAUCUUUCUCAUAAAGCUACAAUUGAAAAAGUGGCCUUCCUGGGGGGAAAAAAAAACAUUUCUUGAUAGGAAAGGCAACACUGCUUUAACAUGUCAUUCAGGCAGUUUAUUCUUCCUAAGCAGCACAUAUUUUUGCAUGCCUGCUUUGUGGAGGAGUGAAGGAAACCAAUAUGCACAGGAAAAGUAAGCCAGUUUAGGGAUCAAAAUCAGAAAGAUUGCUAAUGAGAACUUGGUAAAACCCAAAAGGCAUUACUGCUAAUUAAAGUGGGUCUAUGACCAAUUUUUCCUGUUGAUGGAGCCUCCAAAACUCCAUAACACCCCGUUUUUGCCCAUAGCAUUUUCUAAUAGAGGAGGAAACAGUCUGGUUAUUUGCUGUAGAACAUUAAUCAAACUUACUGUGUUGUUAUUGUUCAGUAAAACUGGAUUUCUUCAGAAGAUCUGAAUCAGCAGGCUAAUCCUGCUGCUUGAUUGUAUGGAAGGCGCAAUACCAACAAAUGAAAAUGCCCUGAUGGCUGAAGCAGAAAAUUAAGACAAUAUUGAUGUUAUUAAAAGCAACUCCACUUACCAACUCCAAGAGCAGCAAGUAUUCUUUAGCCACUUUCAUAUGUAACAUUACAUCAGAGAGACGAGUAUAUUUGAGGAGUUGCCUCUUCCCAAUCACAUCCGCUCAUCCAAUCAAGUCCAGCAGGAAGGGCAUGUUGGGACCUCAUCCACAAAGGAAUGUCAUCUGAUGUGUCCCAAGAGGAGAGCCUUUUCUGCUGUGGCACCUGUCUUUGGAACAUCACUGCCCCAGAGGUCAGAUUGGCCCCAACCUCGCCAGUCUGGUGACGUGUCUGGAAUUUACAAAGUGGCUGUAUUGCUAGGAAAAUUGAGUGUGCUUGCUUGUAAAUUAUGGUUUUUUAAAUAGUUUUUAAAGCUUUUAAUUACUUUCGUUACAA